CUGACGAAAGGGCCGAGAAGAUGAGAUUGUGUCCAAGCCUCUGCAAUAUACUGACGUGAAAAAAUGGAAAAUUCUAAAAUAAUUGUUGAAGGCGAAGCAUCUGAAUCGGAUGAAGAUGAGCUUUCUGGCCCAAAUGAAUCAUUAGAUCGUGAGACCACAGCCACUGCUGGCACAAGUGGAUUGACUGAAGAAAUCAGUCAAAAAGAUGGUGACAAGACAGGAAACACAAGUGGCAUAGUGUCUCACAAGGAUGGCGAAGUAUCAGUUAACACUGGUGUCAUAGUGUCUGGCGAGGCAUCGGAAAGUGAUGAAGAAUUUGAAAUUGUAACAAGUGAAGGCCAAAUCUUACCACUCAAUGUGAAUACAUCAGAGAAAGGGGACACGACUGACUUAACAUCACCACAAUCACCAUCAUUACCUUCACAGCAGAAGGAGGUAAAACCGAAAUAUAAUACACUUCUGAAUAGAAAAUUAAGUGAGAGAAAUAUAGCUUUAAGAAGGCAUAUUGUAGACACAAUACAUCAAAGUUAUACACAGGCUGCCACUGGUUUACAUAAUCUGACAAUUCAACUUCAGAAGUCACAUAUAGCUAUCCAAGACGUGUCACACCAUAUGAGGAAUACAACAAAUGAUUUGUUCCAGUUAGAGGACAAGGUUGAUAUAGUUAGGAGCUGCAAUAUUUUACCAAACAUAACACUGCCAGUGAAGCCUGUUGUUCCUGCAACUGUUCAGUCAUAGAGGAAGACAUAGUGAUGUUUAUGCAGUACUGUGAUAAUUAUUUUGUGUACUCUAAUCUGAUAUAAUUAUUUUGUGUACUCUAAUCUGAUAUAUCAUCAACAAGAACAUUAUAUAAUAUAAUUGAAGUUGAUUUAAGUUAAUUGAGAAAUCUAUUGAUGCUUUAACUUUAUGUAUAUAAACAGUACUCUGUAAGCCCCCAUAAGUUGAAUGCAAGCUACUUUAGGACGUACUCCUGGCUUUGUUUUUGUCAAACAUUGUUUAAUAGAAAUAUUCUAAAAUCUCACAGGAGUGCAUUACCACUAGCUUCACUCAAAUCUAAACUUGAUACAUUGUACUUAUUUCUCAUAAAAAUUGACGAACUGCUUGUUGUAACUAAUAUCUACCCAUACAACCAGUGUACAAUACAUCAAUGCCUUAUGAUCAUGGUUUUCACUGUUUGAUAUUUAAUCAGUACAUAUUUUAAAAAUUUCCUAAAAUUGAUGAAUGUUUUUUUGAAGAUUAAAAGAUGGACAAGUGUGUUUAUUAGUGUUAAGGGUAAAAGAGUGGGUAAGAUAUUUAGAUUUAAAGGGAUACUCAGGCAAAUUAAUGACAAAAUUU